CAAAUCCAACGGCCACAACAACGGGGGCUCCAGCUCGUUGCUUAGUCAAAGCUGCAGCUACCCCUGUCGGGCUACAGGCAGAGCAAGGCUGACGCGCCCGACCUCACUCGACAGCUUGCAGCCUCAAGCCCACCUUCCCACACCCAUCGCAUACCAUCAUCACAAACGGCAGACAGAUCUCGCUCCCCUCCACCGUACAAAAUACCUCUCAACUCCCCACUGGUUCCCUUCUCUCCAUCUUCAAACCCGCAAAAAUGGCUGCCAUGUUCAGCCAGAACCCCCUCAUGGACGGGCCCAACUACUCGUUCAACGAUGCGCCCACAACCAACAACGGCGAGUUCCGACAGCAUCGCUUUGACCCAUACACCGACAACGGCGGCUCCAUCCUCGCCAUCGCCGGCGCCGACUUCUCCAUCCUCGCAGGCGACACACGACACACCGCCGGCUACAGCAUCAACACACGACACUACCCCAAGGUCUUCAAGGUCGGCGGCAGCACGGCCGACCAGCACGACGCGAACCUCGUUCUUUCCGUGUGCGGCUUCGCGGCCGACGGCGAGGCCCUGAAGGAGCGCCUCGAUACGAUCUGCAAGAUGUACCGGUACCGCCACGGCAAGCCCAUGAGCGUCAACGCCUGUGCGAAGCGGCUGUCCACCAUCCUCUACCAGAAGCGCUUCUUCCCAUACUAUGCAUACGCGAUCCUGGGUGGCCUCGACGAGGAGGGCAAGGGCGCGGUCUACAGCUACGACCCGGUGGGGAGCUACGAGCGGGAGAUGUGCAGGGCGGGCGGCGCUGCUGCCAGUCUGAUCAUGCCGUUCCUCGACAACCAGGUCAACUUCAAGAACCAGUUCGUCCCGGGAAGCGGCGUGGGACACGAGCUACAGGAGCGGGAGAAGGUACCGCUGUCUCGGAAGGAGGUGGAGAUCUUGGUGAAGGAUGCGUUUGACGGUGCGGUGGAGAGGCACAUCGAGGUGGGUGAUGGGCUUCAGAUGUUGGUCAUCACGAAAGAUGGUAUUGAGGAGAUUCUGCUCCCUCUGAAGAAGGACUAACGGGCCAUGGAAUAUGGAGCCUCACGUCCUGCUUAGCAAGGUAACUUGUGUACGAUAUGAUCACACUACUUGAUUCCGAAGACAUGCAAUGAGACAAGGACUAGAUUCACGACACAUUUCGGCCGUUCUCAGAGCUUUCUGGCGUGUACUUUUCAAGCAUGGCUCAGCGAAUCACUACCCUCGCUGGAAGGAAGAGAUCAGCUCAGAUACGCCGCUGCUUGGUGGUAGAUCGCAGGUCUACUCAUCGUGGAUUCAACGUCAGCAUCAGCACGGAAAUGGAAAUGCUUCACAAGGUGCGGGGUGUACUUGCAUGUGCGCGCUAGAGAGGUGAUGUAAGACAGGCUCAUAUAUGCUGGUGAUAAUGCAAUACCGGCCAUUUGUUCCCCGGGG